AUGAAGCUCGUCAGGUUUUUGAUGAAGCUCAAUAACGAGACGGUCACGAUGGAGCUCAAGAACGGCACCGUCAUCCACGGAACCAUCACUUCCGUUGACCCCCAAAUGAACACCCACCUCAAAUCCAUCAAACUCACCCUCCGCUCCCAAGAAACAAUCUCCCUCGACUCCAUCGCUAUCCGCGGCAACAACAUCCGCUAUUUCAUCCUCCCCGACUCCUUGCCCCUAGAUACUUUGCUUGUUGACGACGCGCCAAAACCGAAGAAGAGAAAGGUUGGGGCGGAUGCGAGGGGUGGACGGGGUGGGGCUAGGGGCGGGCCUGGAGGGAGGGGAGCGCCGAGGGGUGGGCCUAGGGGUGGGAGGGGGAGAGGGUUUUAG